AAUUGCUUUAUAAAUAACAGGAAAAGCGCUUCAAAUGGGUGGCAAUGUAUUGGUUCCCUGUUAUUCUUCAGGUGUUAUUUAUGAUCUGUUCGAAUGUCUAGCUCUACAUCUGGAGCAGAGCGGACACGUAUCGGUUCCCAUGUAUUUUGUAUCGCCAGUGGCUGAGCACUCAUUAGCCUACUCUAACAUUCUGGCGGAAUGGCUCACAAGUAACAAACAGUCCAGAGUUUAUAUACCAGAAGAGCCCUUCCCUCACGCGGCACUCGUACGCGGUGGACGACUAAAGCAUUUCUCCAGUAUUAGUAUCGACUCAUUCAACACUGAAUUUAAGACCCCAUGUAUUGUAUUCACGGGUCACCCGUCCCUACGCUUUGGUGAUGUGGUCCACUUGAUUGAGUUGUGGGGAACUUCACCCAAUAAUCUCAUUGUUUUCACCGAGCCCGACUUUCCUUAUAUGGAAGCCCUGGCCCCAUACCAGCCCUUAGCUAUGCGUGUGGUUUACUGUCCAAUCGACACGAGUCUCAACUUUUCUCAGGCAAACAAAUUACUGCGAGAUUUAAAGCCAAAGAAUCUGAUAAUCCCUCAAAGCUAUACCACUCCACCACCACUUCUGAAACAUCGGACAGAUUUAGUGAUCGAUUGCGAGUCCACUGUCUUUUCAUACAAACGAAAUAAUGUCAUAAAACUGCCGAUUAAGAGAUGCUUUGAACGGAUUGACAUCGAAUCAGAUUUGGCGUCCCACUUGAAUCCAGUGGAGGUGCGGUCUGGUGUGAGUAUAGCCACAGUGACGGGCUCUCUGUUGGCCAAAGACAACAAAUUCAAACUUCAAAAGCUCACCAAAUCU